GCUGAUUGGCCUAGUGAAUAAUGGGGAGUCAAAGCGCCUCAGAAGUCCCGCAGCCAGCCUGUCGCCUGAGCCCUGCGGGAGCAGAUAGCGUGGGUGUGGCCCUUAUCUGCACCCAGCGAAGUGCCCGUGGAGUAAGGUCUUAGCACUUAGACCUCCUCUUUCUUCCUCAUUUUCUCUCAUUUCUCCCUACCUGUCGUGGGUGAGUCCUGGCCCCUGGGCAGGAACCUCACUGUUCCACUAGCCCAUCCGCGCGCACUGCCUUAGUUUCCCCUAAAGCAGUGAGUAGCCGGGCGUGGAACACAGGGCCAGCGGGGCUUCUGGAGUGCAGGGUGUCCCCCAGUCUGCCUGUCCAUAUUGUCCCCUUUCCCCCACGUUUCCCAAUGAGCCGGACCGUGGUCGUGCUGGGCGGAGGCAUCAGCGGCUUGGCUGCCAGUUACCACCUGAGCCGGGCCCCUUAUCCCCCUAAGGUGAUCCUGGUGGAGGGCAGCGAGCGUCUGGGAGGCUGGAUUCGCUCAGUCCGAGGGCAUGAUGGUGCUAUUUUUGAACUUGGACCUCGGGGAAUUAGGCCCGCGGGAGCCUUGGGAGCCCGGACUUUGCUCAUGGUUUCUGAACUUGGCUUGGACUCAGAGGUGUUGCCUGUCCGGGGAGACCAUCCAGCGGCCCAGAACAGGUUCCUGUAUGUAGGUGGUGUUCUGCAUCCCCUACCCACUGGCCUCAGGGGGCUCCUCCGCCCUUCACCCCCCUUCUCCAAACCUCUGUUUUGGGCUGGCCUGAGGGAUCUGACCAAGCCCCGGGGCAAAGAGCCUGAUGAGACUGUGCACAGUUUUGCCCAGCGCCGCCUUGGACCUGAGGUGGCGUCUCUAGCCAUGGACAGUCUCUGCCGUGGAGUGUUUGCAGGCAACAGCCGUGAGCUCAGCAUCAGGUCCUGCUUUCCCAGUCUCUUUCAAGCUGAGCAAACCCAUCGUUCCAUAUUACUGGGUCUGCUGCUGGGAGCAGGGAAGAGCCCACAGCUAGACUCAACACUCAUUCGCCAGGCCCGGGCCGAGCGCUGGAGCCAGUGGUCACUCCGUGGAGGUCUAGAGAUGUUACCCCAGGCCCUUGAAACCCACCUGACUAGUAGGGGGGUCAGUGUUCUCAAAGGCCAUCCAGUCUCUGGGCUCAGCCUCCAGGCAGAAGGGCGCUGGAAGGUGUCUCUAGGGGACAGCAGUCUGGAGGCUGACCACGUUAUUAGUGCCGUUCCAGCUUCAGUGCUCAGCAAGCUGCUCCCUGCUGAGGCUGCUCCUCUGGCUCUUGCCCUGAGUACCAUCGCUGCUGUGUCUGUAGCUGUGGUGAAUCUGCAGUACCGAGGAGCUCGUCUGCCUGUCCAGGGAUUUGGACAUUUGGUGCCGUCCUCAGAAGACCCAGGCAUCCUGGGAAUCGUGUAUGACUCAGUUGCUUUCCCUGAACAGGAUGGGAGCUCCCCUGACCUCAGAGUGACUGUGAUGAUGGGAGGUUCCUGGUUACAGACACUGGAGGCCAGUGGCUGUGCCUUAUCUCAGGAGCUGUUCCAACAGCAGGCACAGGAAGCAGCUGCCACACAAUUAGGACUGAAGGAGCCACCAAGUUACUGCUUGGUCCACCUACACAAGAACUGCAUCCCCCAGUAUACACUAGGCCACUGGCAAAAACUGGAGUCAGCUAGGCAGUUCCUGGCGGCUCAGAGGUUGCCCCUAACUCUGGCUGGAGCCUCCUAUGAGGGGGUUGCUGUUAAUGACUGUAUAGAGAGUGGGCGCCAGGCAGCAGUCAGUGUCCUGGGCACAGAACCUCACAGCUGAUCUCCAACUCUCAAUCAUGAAAAUAAAAAUUGCUGGAGCUUGG